CCCAAUUCAACACCCAUUUGGCCAAUACAACAAACACCAUGUCAAAUCCAUCCUCUCUCCCACCACCAUUCAUAAACAAACAACUCAAUGAAAUCUCUUAAUCCUCUAACCAAAAUUCCUCAAUCCAUCUUCUCCUUCUUCUUCUUCUUCUUCUUCUUCUUCUUCUUCUUCUUCUUCAUGGUGUAAUACCAGAUUCACCACACACACACACACACACACAUAUUAAUCAAACCCAUUUCUCAGAAUUCCCAGAAUCCACCUAAAUGGGAUACCUUUCUUGCAAAGCACAAUCUGCAGUCUCUGUUAUCUCCUCCUCCACCACUUCCAACCAAAACCCAUCUUCCAAACCAGCCGCUGACAAGCCUGUAAUCAAGAUCCAGCAGUUUGAUUACAGUGAUCUUGAGGCAGCCACCAAUGGGUUCUCCGAUCGGAAACUGCUCGGUAAAGGCAGCCACGGCAGCGUUUAUAAAGCCGUCCUCCGCGGCCGCCGCGUCGCUGUCAAGAAACCCUCAAAGGCUAAUCAAGAAAUUAGCCAGGAAGUUGAUAACGAGAUCGAGAUCUUGUCCAAGAUUCAGAGCCCCAGGUUGGUUAAUCUUCUAGGCUUUACUGAUAAUUCCAAAGAUCGUCUUUUGGUGGUUGAGUUUAUGAGUAAUGGAACUCUUUAUGAUGUUCUUCAUUUGAAUUCUGGUUCUAAUUCUAGGCCUUUGAAUUGGGGUAGACGAAUUCGUUUAGCUCUGCAAGUUGCUAAGGCUGUAGAAAUUUUGCAUUCACAAAAACCACCCAUCAUACAUAGAGAUAUAAAAUCAGCAAAUGUAUUGAUUGAUAGAAAUUUCAAUGCAAGAUUAGGAGAUUUUGGGUUAGCUCUUAGGUGUGGAGUUGAUGAUUACAGACUUAGAUCAACCCCACCUGCUGGAACCAUGGGGUAUCUUGAUCCAAAUUAUGUUACCCCUGAUAAUUUGAGUACUAAAACAGAUGUUUUCAGUUUUGGGAUUUUGUUGUUAGAGAUAAUUAGUGGGAGAAAAGCCAUUGAUAUUGUUUAUUCCCCACCUUCUAUUGUUGAUUGGGCGAUUCCUCUGGUGAAAAAAGGGAAGAUUUUUAGCAUUUAUGAUCCAAGAAUUCCGCCUCUUAAAGACCCUGUUGUUAGGAAGCAAUUGGCUGUAAUUGCUACUAAAUGUGUUAGGUCUUGUAGGGAGAGGAGACCUUCCAUGAAAGAAGUAGUUGUUUGGUUAACCGGGUUGGCUAAAUUGGUUCCUCUCCAUUCAUGGAAUGGUUUUAACAAUCCUUGUAUGAUGGUGGAGAACGUGGGUCGUCCUGUUGAAUUUAGAAAAUCAAAAUCUCAUGGGGGUGAUGAUUGCAGAGGAGAGGAUGUGGAUGGUAAGAUCAUCGGUAGUAGGCAAACAAUAAAGGAUUCACGAAGAGUGUAUUCGGAUUUGGGAUUCAGAAGCAACUUGAUGGAACUAAUGUCUGGUACUGAUGGGGAAUCUGCAUUUUGGGGAGAGGCUGGUGGGUUAGAACAGCCUGGUUCAAAGUCUAGAAAUGAGGUAUCGAGUUCUAGAUUUGGAGUUAGAAAUAAAUUCCGUAGUCGGGGUAAUGAUAAAGAAGUCUUUCAUACGAGGAGAAAUCAAUCAGCUGGUGAAAUUUCAGAAUUAUAUGCAGCAGGGGAAGAUGACAUAUUUGCUCAAGGCUAGUUUCAAACUAUAUUAGGCUUCUGAUGAUAUGUGUAUAUACACAUAUAUCAAGGAGAUGAAUUCACAAUGGAGCAAAAACUGAGACUUGUAAUCUUCUCUUGGUUGCAUGUCAAUUAUAUUUAAAAUUCUUUGGCGUGUAAUUGCUUCGUGAAUUUCAACCUAUUAACCCUCUUACUUUUGUUUACAUUGUGGACGCCUUGUUUUUUGUUCAUUUUCCCUCAGUGAAAUGUAGAUAAGGACAUUGCUGAUGUCCAUCUUACAGGUUUUUAAUCCUUUUGUUUCUUUAUCUGUCUUUCA